ACGUCUUUAGCUUUUCUUGGUGCACCGGUAUAAAACCCCCUGGUUGGAAGCAUUUUCAGUUAAUUCCCAAAGUUCUUUCUUCUGUUCAGUUUCAAGUGCUUCACUGUUUGGAUUUAUUCAAGAUGAAACUAUUGAUCGCAUUCUGCGCAGUUUGUGCUUUGGUUCAAGCGUGGUCACCACCAACUGAAGCAGAAUCUAAGAAGCAGCGCGACGAGUGCUUCGUAUCCGAAAACAUUCCCAAAGAGAGUCAGGAUAUGCUCAAUAAGGGUCUGUUUCCAACACAUCCAGGCUGCUAUUAUCGCUGUACUGGCCUUAAAUCUGAUAUCUGGGAUGAUGUAAAUGGUUACAGUGUCGACAGAAGUUAUGACCUGCUAACAGCGGAAGGAUGGGAAGUGACUAAGGCUAGCUUAAGGAAAUGCAACACCCCCGAUAAGAAGAAUGCUGAUCCAUGCGUAUGGUCAUCAGCGAUUGCAAAAUGUUUGUGGGAUAACGACCUUAUCAAGAGGAAGGCUUAAUCCAUAUAUUCGGUGGUGAAAUAAUUUGUUGAUGCUUGGGGAUCCUGCGCCUCAUCGCUCAUUCCUACGACCUACCUCAUUGUUUUUGUUAAUCUGUAUUAAAUAUUCAAAACACA